AUGCUAAUUAUCUUUGCUUUUUUCUUUCAUUUUUUUCUCUGUCAUUCUUUGUUUUUAUCUAAUUAUAUUUUCUUCUUUCUUUCGUUCAUUCUUUUCAGUAUCCUCUUUCUUUCUUUGCUUUUGCUUCUUCUCGCUAUCAAACCGAAUAGUUCAUUAUUUAUGAUGUAUUGGCAGAAGAAUAUAAACAUUCCUCUUUUUCUUUCUUUCUUUCUCUCUCUCUCUCUUUUCUUUCUUUCAUUCUUUUUUUCUUUCUUUCUCUCUUCCACGUCUUCUUUCUUUUUCAAUGAAACCAUGAGACAUUACACCAUUCCGUUUUCUUUUCUUUUCUUUCUUUCUUUCUUUCUUUCUUUCUUUCUUUCUUUCUUUUUCAGUAAAACCAAACAUUACGCAAUCUCUCAUCCUUUCUUUUUUCUUUCUUUCUUUCUUUCUUUCUUUCUUUCUUUCUUUCUUUCUUUCUUUCUAUUUCAUUUACGCAUUCUUUCUUUCCCAACAUGUAAUUCGCUGCCACAGACAAUACUGCGAUUGAAGAAGUCCUCUUUUCUUUCUUCAUAUUUAUACGGUCCCGUCAUCUCCUUUGGAAGGGCCAUCGGAAUGGAUCUCCAAAUUCCAGAAUUUCAUUUUCCUUCCUCUCUUUCCCUCUGUGAAUCUUUUCAUGGCACGCUUUUUCAUUUUCUCUUUUCCUCUCAAAAAGCUCCCUCUUUUUCUCCAUCUCUUCUUUGCUUGCACAUUCCUCUCUUAUUUUCUCUAAAUCUCUUCCCUUUCACGUCCCUCCCAUUUUUUCUCCAACUCUCUUUACUCUAUCAUAACUUCCUCUCUUUCUCUUUAUCUCUUCCCUCUCACAUUGCUACAUCUUUUUCUCUAUCUCACUUCCCUCUCAUAUUACUCACUCCUUUUCUCUAUUUCUUUUCCUCUCACAUGCCUCUCUCUUUUUCUACAUCUAUUUGUCGCCUCACAUCCCUCUCUCUUUUUCCUAUCUCUCUUUCCUCUCACAUUCCUCCCUCUUUUUCUCUAUAUCUCUUUCCUCUCACAUUCCUCCCUCUUUGUCUGUAUAUCUCUUCCCUCCUUACAUUGCACCCUCUUUUCUUUAUCUCACUUUCCUCUCAUAUAACUGACUCCUCUUUUCUAUCUCUUUCCUCUCACGUUGCUUCGUCCUUUCUCUAUAUCUCUUUCCUCUCACAUUACUCCCUCUUUUUUCUAUAUCUCUUUCCUCUCACAUUACUCCCUUUAUUUUCUAUAUGUUUUUCCUUUCACAUUACUCCCUCUAUUUUCUAUGUUUUUUCUCUCACAUUACUCACUCUAUUUUCUAUGUUUUUCCUCUCACAUUACUCCCUCUUUUUCUAUAUCUCUUUCGUCUCACAUUACUCCCUCUUUUUUCUAUAUCUCUUUCCUCUCACGUUACUCCCUCUAUUUUCUAUAUCUCUUUCCUCUCACAUUACUCCUUCUAUUUUCUAUAUAUUUUUCCUCUCACAUUACUCCCUCUAUUUUCUAUAUGUUUUUCCUCUCACAUUACUCCCUCUUUUUUCUAUAUCUCUUCCCUCUCACAUUACACCCUCUAUUUUCUAUAUGUUUUUCCUCUCACAUUACUCCCUCUGUUUUCUAUAUCUUUUCCCCUUCACAUUGCCCCCUCUUUUUCGACUUCAGAAAACUUUUUUUUUCCCAUUUCCCCACUCUUUCUACGUAUAUUUCCAUAUUUUUUCUCUUUAUUUAUGCUUUCUUCUUUUCUUUUGUCUUCCAAUUACAACUAUUUUGUUUCUAUAUUUAUCUCUCUCUCUCUCUCUCUCUGUUCUCUUCCCUGUUUUCUCUCUUCUCUUUCCUGUAUUUCCCUUUUUAAAACUACCUUUCUCUUUUGCCUCUUUGUCCGUCUCCAUAUUUAUCUCUCUCCUUCCCUUUAGUAUUCUCUUUCUCUCUUUGUCACCAACCACUCCCUAUUUACUCUUUCUUUCUUCUCCCACUCUCAGCACCCGUUCUCUCAUUCUCUGUAUUUUUAACUUAUUCCUUUUCUAUUCCGUCUCUAUUCAUUUCUAUCUACGCUCCUACCUUCUAACUUUCAUUUUCUGUCUCUAUCGUUUCACUUCCAUAUUUGAUCUCACUUUCUAUGCAUAUUUCUAUAUUUUUCUAUUUAUUUAUGCUUUUUCUCUUUUCUUUAUUCCCUUCAACUACCACUACUUUUGUUUCUAUACUUUUCACUCUAUCUCUCUCUAUUCACCCUUCUCUCUUUGCAUUUUCCUGUAUUUUUUUUCUAACUCUUCCUUUUUCUUGUGCCUCCCGUUCGUCUCCAUAUUAAUCUCUCUCACCUUGCUCUUUACUAUUCAUACUCUUUCAGUUUCUGUCUCUCUAUUUACACUAUGUCUUUGCCCUAUAUUGUCUUUCUUUUUUUAUCAUUACUAUUUCUCUACCUUUUUAAAACUUUCUCUCACUCUGUUUUUCUUCCUCUUAGUUCUUCCUUAG